UAUUAAAUGAACAGGAAAAUUAAUAAAUUGGGAAUUUUUUGUUUUUUUUUUUGAACAAUGGGAAUUUUUUGUUACUGCAUUUAUUUCUGAUCUUUGUAUUAGUUUGCGGCGCUGAGUCUCUCACCACAAAACCUUGUGGAGAAAUUCUUCUUCCAUGGGAUGAGAGAAAGGAUUUUCUCAGGAACCAAACAGCCAGCCUUUCACAUUUCUCUCAUCCCUAGCUUAAAUUAUCCUCUUCACCAUUACCUUCGUUGUGAAGCUAAAUUUUCCCGGGAUACUAACAUGGCUCUCUCCGCCAAGCUCCACCGCCUAGACCUGCAGUCCACUUUCCUCACCGGCUCCCCAAUUUUCGACUCCCCGAAAUGCCCCCUCCCGCCCAGUUUCAAGCUCCAGAGACCAAUUCGAACCGCCAUUCCCAGUUCUAUCAAACUCUCCACCAGACGGGUUUCCAAGCUCACUGCCAGGUUAUCCACCGCUACGGUGGAAGCAUCAGUGGACGAGUCCAAAGCAGAAGACAUCGAGUCUUUAUUCUCCACCAAUUCCUCCGGAGAAUCCGACAAGAAACGGGGCGGCAAGCAAGGGAGCAAUACUUCAGGAGCUUCCGGGAUUUCGUCGGGGGUGAAGUUGGAGAACAUAACCAAGAGCUACAAAGGCGUCACGGUAUUGAAAGAUGUGAGCUGGGAGGUGAAAAGAGGGGAGAAAGUUGGUUUGGUCGGCGUAAAUGGCGCCGGGAAAACGACCCAGUUGAGGAUUAUUACAGGGCAGGAAGAGCAGGAUAGUGGGAAUGUGAUUAAGGCGAAACCCAACAUGAAAAUUGCAUUCUUGAGCCAGGAGUUCGAGGUGUCGUUGAGGAGGACUGUCAGGGAGGAGUUUCAGAGCGCGUUCAAGGAGCAGAUGGAGAUUAAAGGGAAGCUGGAGAAGGUGCAGAAGGCGAUUGAAGGGUCUGUGGACGACUUGGAGUUGAUGGGGAGGUUGUUGGAUGAAUUCGAUUUGUUGCAGAGGAGAGCUCAAGCUGUGGAUUCUGAUGAGGUUGAUGCUAAAGUUAGUAAGUUGAUGCCAGAGCUUGGGUUCUCAGCUGAGGAUGGUGAUAGAUUGGUGGCCUCUUUUAGUGGUGGAUGGCAGAUGAGGAUGUCCCUUGGCAAGAUUUUGUUGCAGGAACCUGAUUUGUUGCUGCUGGAUGAACCUACAAAUCAUCUUGACCUCGACACGAUCGAAUGGCUUGAAGGUUAUCUGCAGAAACAAGAUGUGCCAAUGGUCCUCAUAUCUCACGACAGGGCCUUUCUGGAUCAACUGUGUACCAAAAUCGUGGAAACUGAAAUGGGUGUGUCUCGGACAUUCGAAGGAAACUAUUCUCAAUACAUCAUAUCAAAGGCGGCAUGGGUUGAAUCUCAGUAUGCUGCAUGGGAGAAGCAGCAGAAGGAAAUUGAGCAGGCAAGGGAACUAAUCAGCAGGUUGGGUGCAGGCGUGAAUUCUGGCCGGGCUUCUACUGCUGAGAAGAAAUUAGAAAGACUUCAGGAAGAGGAUCAAAUAGAAAAGCCAUUUCAGCGUAAACAAAUGAGGAUCAGUUUCCCGGAGCGUGGAAGAAGUGGGAGGUCCGUUGCUGAUAUCAAGAAUCUCGACUUCCGUUAUGGAGAUCAGACGCUGUUCAAAAAAACAAACCUUUCCAUAGAGAGAGGAGAGAAAAUUGCCAUCGUUGGACCAAAUGGAUGUGGGAAAAGUACCUUGCUGAGACUGAUAAUGGGGAUGGAGAAACCAACAGGAGGCGAAAUCGAACUAGGGGAGCACAAUGUGCUUCCAAAUUAUUUCGAGCAGAAUCAGGCCGAAGCUCUUGAUCUGGAUAAGUCGGUGCUUGAUACAGUGGCAGAAGUGGCAGAGGAUUGGAGAGUUGAUGAUAUAAAGGGUCUCCUUGGGCGUUGUAACUUCAAGGCUGAUAUGCUUGACAGGAAGGUUUCUCUUUUGAGCGGCGGUGAGAAGGCUCGCCUGGCGUUCUGUAAGUUCAUGGUAAAGCCUUCAACUUUGCUAGUUCUGGACGAACCAACCAAUCACCUGGAUAUACCUUCCAAAGAAAUGCUCGAGGAUGCCAUAUCAGAAUACACUGGCACAGUCAUCACUGUUUCUCACGAUCGUUACUUCAUCAAGCAAAUUGUUAACAGAGUGAUUGAAGUUAGAGACUGCAAGUUACAGGAUUAUGUAGGCGAUUAUAAUUAUUACUUGGAGAAGAAUCUUGAAGCAAGGGAGAAAGAGCUGGAACGUGAGGCAAUGCUUGAGGAUAAAGCUCCCAAAGUGAAGGCGAAAUCGAAGAUGUCAAAGGCUGAGAAGGAGGCACGGAAGAAGCAGAAGGUGCAGGCGUUUCAAGCUGCAAAGCAGAAGUCGAAAGGAUCGAAGAAUUCCAAGAGAUGGAACUGAUUAUUGAUUGAUAUAGACAAGAAAUAGGAACAUGUAAUUUGCUAUGAUCUAAGAUGGAAUAGAGGGAGGGGAGGUCUAUGAUGCAGAUUUUUUUUAAGAGUCGAUCGAUAGCCUCCUUUGGCUUACUGCAGUCACUCUCUCCCACUGUUUCCACUGUACAUAAUGUCAAACAGAUAAAUGCACACCCAGGAAAGUUCUGAUUUUUAGCUUGGAAAUGGAAAUCUAUGCCACCGGCAGGUGACACUCUGCUGCCCUCGCCAGCCUCCCUCGCCAGCAUCCGCCGCCUUGGUGGUUGCUUGCUGUGAAACAAAAUAUGACAUUGAAA